AUGCAUACAAACAUUGUAAAAUUUAUAUUUUUCGUUCCACUCAUCCUCUGCAUCCAUGCCGAGUCAUUCAAGGAGUGUAAAAAUACAGCAGAUGGCACAUUUGUUGCCGUUGAAAACAAUUGCUUAGGUUACAUUUACUGUAUGGGUGAUGACUCGUACACAGAUUUAUGUCCAACCGAUACCUACUUUGAUGCAGAACAGCAGCAAUGCGCAAUAGAUGAUGGCUUGCAUUGUAACCGCCUUGCUACACCUCUUACCGAGACCAUGGUACAACAAAAUGAAGUAACCCAGACGCACCCAACAAUCAGUUCAACACGUACCACGGUUGGUGCGAAUACUGGUACUCAGCUGGUUUCAACAACAGCGCCUUCCAAGCGUCCACAAUGCAAACCCACUGCCGAUGAGUAUUUCGCCUACCCGCAACGUUGUGAGUAUUACUACCGCUGUUCGCGUGGUUAUUUGAGUAUUUUACGCUGCAGUUUCGGUUAUGGCUGGGAUUUUCAGCAGCAUAAGUGUUUGCCGCUCAAGGAGGUCCAGUGCUAUAGGGCAGCGAGAAGGCGUUUAUAUUAA